AGUGUCAAUCAAUUCGAUUCGAUGAGAAAGAAAAAGAUGAAAAACCUGCUGGUGUGUGUAGGUCUGUUUCAUUGCGGUUAAUUUGUUUCCAUAAUUUUAGGUGUUUCUUUUUGGGAGUUUAUUUAAGACAUAACUAAAUGUUCACUUAAAUUAUUCAGUUUUUGUUACUACUAUGAAAGAAAAAUGGAAUUAUGUCAUAUAUCUCUUAUGGUUUUCGUAUUUGGUGUUAUCAGCCGUCUUGAUGUUCGGUCAUGGAUUUUUGCUUUCUCGUAAAACGUUGAGCGACGUUUCUGAAUGUGUGUCUCUGAAAAACUUCGGGUGUGAUGGCCGUGUGAACUUGGAAUCGACAGAAACGUGUACCGAAGAUGAGAAAAUUCGCAGGAUCCUAUCUAAUCCUGCAGCAGAAUUGGUUUGCACAUCUACUCGGUUCAGGGUUGUGUUUAUGCUCGUAGAUGCACUUAGAUAUGACUUCACGGAGUAUGACCCUGGGCUCCAGGAUCCCCUGCCUUAUCAGAAUUGUCUCCCAGUGAUAAGUGAAACGUUAGAAAAGUUUCCAAAGCAUUCCAGGCUGUUCCGUUUCAUGGCAGACCCACCCACCACAACUCUCCAAAGGGUCAAAGCACUAGUUACUGGUUCUUUACCAACAUUCAUUGAUGCAAGCUCCAACUUUGCUGCAACAGAAUUACGAGAAGACAACACAAUUGACCAAGUUGCUAUGGAUGGUGGUAAAAUAGUUUUGCUUGGUGAUGACACAUGGGCUCGACUGAUUCCAGGGAAAUAUACCCGUUCUCAUGUCAUGUAUUCUUUCCACACAUGGGAUCUAGACACUGUUGAUUCUGAGGUUGAUACAAAAAUAUAUGAUGAACUGCAAAAAGAUGACUGGAAUCUCCUUAUAGCCCACUAUUUAGGAGUAGAUCACGCAGGUCAUAGGUAUGGACCGAACCACCGGGAAAUGACGAGGAAGCUUAAUGAAACCAAUAUUCGCUUGAAGAAGAUGAUUGAGAUUCUACCACCAGAUGUGUUGUUGAUUGUAGUCGGAGACCAUGGCAUGACUGAGACAGACUCACAAGAAGGAUUUGAUGAUCAGGGAGACCAUGGUGGAGAGAGUAGAGCAGAACGAACAGCAGCCUUAUUCGCGUAUAGAGGAUCAGGUCUUAGCAGUAACGACUAUGGGUUUUCGAAUGGCAAAGAGGUGCAGCAGACGGAAUUAGCCCCAACUAUUAGCGCGGCUCUGGGGAGACCGCCGCCAGCGCCAUCUCUUGGCAGCGUGUUGUUCCCAGUACUGCCAACUUUGACAAUACCACAGACUCUGCUGCAUAUGAGUAAUGGUAUGAAGCAGGUAAUGAAAUACCUUGUGCGAUAUGGAGAAGAAUCUCAACAAAUACCACUUGACAGACUAGCGCAGUUUAUUAACGCGACUAGAGAACAAUUAGAUAAAAUUAACAAGGUCAACACGGAGGCAGAACUAGUCAAAUAUUUCGAUGAAGUCAGAGUGCUGAUCGAUAAUAUACGCGGCGGCUUCCGAGAAGUGUGGGUAGAAUUCGACUCCUUAUCCAUGCUCAGAGCGCUUCUACUGCUCAUUCUAGUCAUAUUCUUCAACUGCCUCGUGACCGAAGGGCUUCCAACCGACAGAAUUCCAAGCAUUUUCGCUAGCUCCUUUGUACCUACUGGUGUAAUCGCUAAUGCUGUCUGCAUAUCUUUGUGCUACACCAUAUUUUACUUCGAAUUGUUGGAAGACCUUGAACAUGCAAUAAUUUUGAGUACCGGUUUAAUAUCCGGAGCUAUGUUAUGCACGCUAGUCAUUAUGCACUGGGACGGCAUUACUCAAAGAUGGUACGAAAACAAAAAUGUGUUUUACGAGCGAUUCGCAAGAGCCGUAUUAUUCGGUUCAGCUGCAAUUUUGUCUUCAAAUAGUUUUAUAAUCGAAGAGGGCGCCAGUUUGUCAUAUCUGUCACUGUCAAUUUUGGCGGCAUUCGUGUGGAAUGUCAAAACUCUAGAGGCAGUAACACUAUGGGCUUUGUCUGGGAUUAUAUUAGCGGUAUCAAGGAGUUAUAGAGGUUGUAGGGAAGAGCAGGGGGCGUGCUGGACUGAGGGGAAAGGAGUUCCAAGUGGCCAGCCAUCUAGAUUAGCAUUGAUAUUAGCUUUAGGUUCAAUUGCAGCUGUGUUGGCUAUAACGAGGCGGCAUAUUGGAUGGCGUGGCCAUGGAUUAGUGUUAGCUGGGUUAUUUUCUUGUGCUCAUUGGGCACUUGGGUGGAGGAGUUUAGGUUCUCCGAGUAGGUCAAGAUUCUUAGCCCGUUGUGCUUGGUUGGUCCUUGCUGUAAUGUUUCUGUUGCUAUGGAAGAGGGAACGCGGAGGGGCAACCCUGGCCUUGAUAAUUUGCAGUCUGCUGAUAUAUGUGGCCAAUUGUUUGGUGCUCGGAGCUUCGUAUGCACCAUCGGCGGCUAUAGGCUUGCUUUCAGGGUUCUUGGCACUUAAUGUCGUUUCCAUGAUGAAGAGCGAGGGGUCUAAUAAGUUUUCGAUCUCAACCCGCACAAGCGCAAGCGUGGCUUGCAUGUGGGCGUUGCUGGCCUCCUACCAUUUCUAUGGGACCGGCCACCACGCGACCCUCGGACAUUUGAGGUGGGCGCCGGCCUUCCACGCGGGGGACCCCAACUACUUGAGCAUCAGUCCUUUGAUCAUCGGAUUCUUGGUGUCCCUCGAAUUGUUCGGUAUGCCGCUGUUGUUCGGCGCAGCGGUGCCCCUCCUGGCGCUGUGGCCCCGCUCGGGCGCCGCGGCCGUCGGGCCUCGCACUCAGCUGGCGGCUGUCUUCACCCUGUGCCUUAAAUUCGGCCUCUGCUUCGCCGUUAGAGUAUUUGCGUCAGCCUUAGCGGCUACAGUCCACUGCCGCCACCUCAUGAUAUGGGGCGUGUUCACACCGAAACUUUUGUUCGAGAGCGGCGCGUGCGCAGCGGCACUAUUGGGCAUGGUCAUUGGCGCAACUCUCACCACGUGGCAUCUGCCGACCAAUCAGCGACAGAGUUGACGGAAGAAAAACAAUUAGGCAAUUAUGAGCUUUGGAACAAGCUUUGUUAAGGUUUUAAAUUAACCAUAAUACGAUUUUAUAACGAUACGGGUUAUUGUAAUGUUUUGGUUUCGUUUUGUUGAGGAUUUUAAAGGCGUUUGGUUUUUUGUUGUUAGUUUCGUGAGAUUUGUUUGCUCUGUUGUUUUUAUAUGCAAUGAUUUAUAUUAGCCGAAUUGUAUCAUAUAUGUCGAAAAUGUUUAAUAACAUUAAUAAUAAAAGUGAAAAGGUGAAAGUACUAACGUUAAUUUUGUUUUGUUUGAAUGGUAAAAACAACGUGGCUUAAAAUGACUAUUCGGUAGAAUUGCCGAUUGAAAAAAUGCCAUUCGAAAAACGAGUGAUAUAUUGUAAAGAAAAAUAACCAAACUUAGUACAUUAUAAACAUAUUUUAUAAACUUAUGUAUAUCAAUCGAUCGUAGUUUGUGUAUUAACUCAAAAUAUUCGUCGCAUAACUGUCGUGGUGUUUGAUAUAAUCUAAAAUAUACAAAAAUAUUAAUUUAAGUAAGCAAGCUUGUUUCAGAGCUUCACUAAGGAGAAUUAAGUUAUUUCGAGCCAUAAAGUUAUAUUAAUGUCUGCUCAUUCAACAGCAGCGACGCAGAUAAGUUUGCCGAUGACGAGAUUUUACAUUAUUAUGAAUGCAUUUGAUCGCAUUUUACUUUAUUAAUAGGGAAUAUUGCAUACUUACUUUCCUUACUCCAAUUAAAUCUGCAUAACUAAACAUUUUUUUUUUAAUUGAAGAUAAUCGAGAUUUAAACAGAUAAAUCCGAUAUGGACUUUCAGAUUUCUGAUCGCAAAAGAAAGAUGGAUGUUAAAAUUUAAUAGCAUAUAAAUUGUUCGUUCUAUAUUUCAUAUUCUAUAACUUUUUAUUUAAAUAUAGGUAUUUUCGUACUAUACUACGUUAGAAAUAGUUUAUAUUUAUAUCAUAUUAUUUCCUAUUGAAAGUCACUAAAUUAUUUAAUAAUGGGAAUGUUUUUUUUUAGCAUUUGAAUGGUUGUGUUAGUCUCCAAAGCGAUAGUGUAAGAACGGAAUAGAUCAUAAUUAAUACUAAUUAUUUCGGACUCUGUAAAUAAAUUUGAAUUCAAAACUGUUUAAGUAACAAAUUAUUGGUUAUAUUUAUAUAAACUAAUCUUUAUAAUAUUUUUUUAUGUAUUUUGUAUUUAAUAGUGCUCACUCCAGUAUUACAUAUUAUAUGGCUUCAUGAGUAAGAUUCCACUGGACUCGCUUUACAAAGAAUGCAGUUUAUGUAGAUAGUUGCUAUACUUAUAGUAUUGUAAUAUAUACCUAACAUAGAAACAGACACUGCUAUAAAGGCUGAAAACAUAUGAAAUUUGUUAUUGUGGCAACUUUUUAAUAUUAAUCCCUAAGGCCGCUUUUACACUAGUCAGUUAAUACGUAAGUACAAGAACUCAGGGCUGUCAAAUUUAGUGUGAAGUAAUCAAGUUACUUUUACAUAAGCUAGCUCAUGGAGUUAAAACUUACGUAAUAACUUACUAGUGUAUAGGCGGCCUUAAUAUCUCUAUGUACAAGACACAAAAAGAUGUGGACUCUUUGUGGGUACAUUGGUGGGAUUGUUGUAUUGAAGUACAAAAAGUUUUGGUUAUACUGAAAGUUUUGUAUUGAAUUUAUAUUUAAUAUGCAAGUAAAGUUUAAGACAGUUAUGUAAAUUAGAAUAUAUUUUGUUUUCGCAAAUCACUUGUGUUCAGUAUUAAUUUGCAACUCAAACAUAAAUGCUUUUAUGUUUUAGUUGUUGCAUUUUUAAUAGGUAGGUAUCGAUCUAUCAGUACCGGUAUAGACGAAAAUUAAAUUGCGAACUUUUAGAAAUUUCUUG